AAGUAUAAAGCAGGGUGCUUCUGGAAUAACAGAUUCUCUGAAGCCAGGAAAGGAAAAACUAAGGGUUGAUCACUCUUUGUGGAACAAUUCACCAACUGAAGACAUUUUGAAGCUGCAUUCCAGACUCUGAGUGUUGUAGCAUGGAAUGAAGAUGUUUUUGCCUUACACAGAGAAUAGUAUCAGGAAGAGUCGGUUGACAUUUAAGGAUGUGGCCAUCAAUUUCUCCAAGGAGGAAUGGGAAUGUCUAGAUACUUCUGAGAGGGAUUUGUACACAGAUGUCAUGUUGGAGAAUUAUAGCCACCUGGUUUUUGUAGGCCUUUCUGACUCAAAACCAGAGCUAGUCACCUGUCUUGAACUAAACAAUGAACCCUGGAUGGUGAAUAUAGAAGAAGCAGAAGGCCUGGAAGCAGGUUUUCUUGUGAGGUUCAUCAGACAAUGCAAACUGGAGAAAGAAAAGCCUUUCAUGUGUGAAGCAUGUGGCAAGUCUUUUACUCAGGUUUCAACACUUCAAUUUCAUCAGAGGAUCCAUACUGGAGAGGAAACUUACAAAUGCUCAGAUUUCAGCAAGUCCUUUAGAGCGAGAUCAACACUUCAAGUUCAUCAAAGAAUACACACUGGAGAGAAACCUUAUAAAUGUGAAGACUGUGGAAAGUCCUUUAAACAGAGAUCAGCACUUAAAGUUCAUCAAAGAAUCCACACUGGAGAGAAACCUUACAAAUGUAACACAUGUGGCAAGUCCUUUAGGAAUUCCUCCAACCUUCAAGUUCACCAAAAAAUACAUACUGGAGACAAACCUUACAAGUGCUCAGAUUGUAGCAAGUCCUUUAUACAGAGAUCAGCACUUCAAGUUCAUCAAAGAAUCCACACUGGAGAGAAACCUUUCAAAUGUAACACAUGUGGCAAGUCCUUUAGUACUACCUACAGCCUUCGAGUUCAUCAAAGAAUACAUACUGGAGACAAACCUUACAAUUGCUCAGAUUGUAGCAAGUCCUUUAAACAGAGAUCAGCAUUUCGAGUUCAUCAAAGAAUGCAUACUGGAGACAAACCUUACAAAUGCUCAGAUUGUAGCAAGUCCUUUAUACAGAGAUCAGCACUUCAAGUUCAUCAAAGAAUCCACACUGGAGAGAAACCUUUCAAAUGUAACACAUGUGGCAAGUCCUUUAGUAAUACCUACAGCCUUCGAGUUCAUCAAAGAAUACAUACUGGAGACAAACCUUACAAUUGCUCAGAUUGUAGCAAGUCCUUUAAACAGAGAUCAGCAUUUCGAGUUCAUCAAAGAGUACAUACUGGAGAGAAACCUUAUAAAUGUGAAGACUGUGGAAAGUUCUUUAAACAUAGAUCAACACUUAAAGCUCAUCAAAGAAUUCACACUGGAGAGAAACCUUAAAAUUGUAGAGUAUGUGGCAAGUACUUUACAAAAAGCUCAACACUUAAAUUUCAUCAAAGAAUACAUAGACGUUGUAAAUUCUUCAAACAGAACUACAAACUUUAAUUUGACCAAAGAAUACACACUGGACAGGAAACUUCCUAUUGCAUAGCUCAGAAAGUCGUGUAUCACAGGCUCAAAUCUUCACAUUCAUCAAAGAAUAUAUAUGGGAGAGAAACCUUACAGUUUUAAAGGACUGGGAAAAGUUAGAGAACACCUGGAAAUACAUGUAAUAGACCAACUCAGUAGGGAAUUACUGUCCUAAUACUCAUUCAAAAAUAAGGUGAUUUAUAAUGUGUGUAUACAAAGGAAACUGUCAGCAUAUGUUGAAACAUUAUUCACAAUUAGAUGAGGAGCAUUACUAAGCCUAGUGACCAUUGUCAUUUUAAAAGCAUUCUACUAAGGAAUAAAAUGGUUAUUUAUAAAAAUAGUGUUGGAAAAUCAUCUAUGUAUACAGCGAUAUUUCUGUCAGUACUAUACUGAAAUCAUGCACUAAAAUUAUGUAGGAUGAAUUUAAUAAUAGUUGAAGGCACAAAUAAUUUAAAAUGUGAAUACUUAUGCCUGGGUAAUUUUACAGAUAACCAUGCUAUUCAACAUCACUGCAUAAUUUUCUGUACACUUUAUGGGACAGUAUAUUGAACUUUUAUUUAUAAUAGCAUUUGUAUAACUAUCAUUGUGUUGCUACUGUUUGGAAUUUUACAGAAUGUAAUAUAGAUUGUUUUUAACUUGUUUUUUAUUCUUAUAUUCUCAAUUAUCAAUAAAUAUAACUAGUUUUUAAUUACCCAUGACUUGGAAUAAUGAACACACAGUUUAUACUAGUGUAGAGUAAUAAAUGGCAGGAACUGCAAAAUGAAAAAUUGCCUGACAGCAUGACCUGAAAAUACAGAACAAAUGGCUUUAGGUAAACUAUAAGGGAUUGAAUCAUGAGAAGUAGAUGUGGGGUUAAUCUGAUGAUGUGAUGGCAUGUGUGGAUGUGUAAGUGAAAUUCAACUGUUUACAUGGACAGAGUUAGGUCCAAGACCAGACACUAAGAUACAGCAAAAAUGCAAACUAACUGAAAACUAUCUUCCCCUCAUUCAUUGGGGCUAUGAACAUUACAAAUCCUCCUGUGUCUUUUGAUGAUGUUGAUAGUUUAUGCAAAAGCUGUCCAGCAUAUUUUGUUAUCAUAAUAUAUUUAGGCCUCAUCAGUUGAAGUAUAUAGAAUCUGAAAGUACUAAAAUGAUCCAAGAGCUGGGCGUUGGUGGUGCAUGCCUUUAAUCCCAGCACUUGGGAGGCAGAGGCAGGCAGAUCUCUGUGAGUUCAAGACCAGCCUGGUCUACAAGAGCUAGUUGCAGGACAGCCUCCAAAGCCACAGAGAAACCCUGCCUCGGAAAAAAAUAAAAUAAAAUGAUCCAAGAAUUCCUACCAGCUUUAGAUAAUAAUCCUGCCACUCAAAUAUCAGUCAAUAUGUAAUACAUUCUUGAAUCUAUUUGGAUGAAGGUACUACAUAUGCAGGGGUAUGGUUGUUAACUUCUGACACAUGAGCCUAGCAUUUGACUCCCUUUUAUAUCUAUGUAUAUUUUCUACAUUCUCAAACAACUCAGCUUACAUCUGUCAAUGGAGACAUACUGGACAGGAAAUCCAUGGCCCAAUAAUCCAAGUUUACAGAAAUAAUUUAUUAGAGUUUUUGAAAUCAAUUGUAAUCACAAUUUCUCAUUAAGGAAGAAACUGCUUGAUUUUUAAGUACUACUGAGUCUGAGAGUAGUAUUUCCCUAAUAAAAUUUUCUACAGAGAAUUGAAGAACAA